AUGUACGCAAGCGGGACAGCUUUCUACGUAUUCCCUGGUUGUCCCAUUAUUGACCUUGGCAUUCCCAUCAAGCUGUCAGGACAAGGGAAACAUUACUUUGCGCCUAUGGUGAUCUCCAUCAAGUCGCGUGCAUAUUAUUCUCCUGCAGAUGCAAGAUGGGAAUGCCAGCGGAUGACAGAGCGAUUCAAGAGAAUAGAAGAAAGCAAUGACAAGGAAGUGUUUGAAUUCUUCUCUGGAGCAUUGUGUUUGCUGGUUGUGUUUGGGUCUACCGCUGUCUCCGAUGACAACAACCUUACCCUAGGCCAUUCUGCAAUCAGGGAGCUGGCAAAGAAGAAGGUUGUUAGCAGAGUACUUCUUGUUCCUGCAAAAGAUGCAUUUGGAGGAUUCUGUGAUACAUUUUGCACAUUGACUAGCAAGAUUACGUUUGGCCCUUCUGAAGUAUUUGCGUCCCACACUUUUGUCCGCGCUUAUUGUAUGGAUGACAACAUGGAAGAGCUCAAUAGUAGAGCUGCACUUCGUUCUCUGCCUGGCACAGAAGAAUCAGAACUCUUGCAAAAUCUUCAUGAGCAGUUCAAAAAUGGAUACGGCACAUCUGCAAGUCUGGAAGAAGAGUUCUGA